AUGUUUUGGUCCGGUAAUACGCGCGUCCUCCGUGUAGGAUCUCCUUCCUCUCCUCAUGAUGAAUUCUCGUCUUCUACUUCUAAUGAUAAAACCCUCACGAAAAUUAACGAUGAAUACGAAACUUACUGCCAAGCGGUGACACCUCCUGCUGCAUAUCCAUCCCCUCCUCACACAGAUGUCGACGCUGUUUGCAAGAUACCACUUGCCCCGUUUAUGUCCGGUCUGUAUCCUCAUGAUGAUGAAGAGGACUACCCUGACGCCUCACACUCUAAGCAAAAUAUGCGCCACGCAAUGUCCACAAGUCCUAUCGGUGGAGCCCUUGACUCCCCACUCAUCUAUCUGCAACACCCAGCGCCCCUUUCCCCUCCGCCUACAUUUCCCGCACCCACUACGCUUCUCCCCCGGCCGAAGAAGACCACGGAGAUACCCUUAAUGUUGUUUUACCUUCGAGCCUGCUGGGGUCUUCUCAGGAGUAUCAUUACUCAUGCAACUCUGCGCUCCCUUUCUCAGCGCUCGAGAUCGAUCAGAAUGAUCAUUUGUCACGGAAUCUCCGUGAUUGGCCAUUCCUUGGGCCUUUAUUCGCUCUUACUUGACCAGACAGGAAUUCCCUCACCUGCUUCUCCGAGUUUCGGCAUGUACGAAGAAUACAAGUGUCCAUGGACGCCACGUUCACUUGAUUCUUCAUCGAAUGACGAUGGGACUGCAAGAUAUAUCACAAAAUCAAUGACGACGGCGCCGCAUCUAUCUUAUCCUUCUCCCAAAUCAUCGCAUUGGCCACACCAAAUUCCUUUGCAUCCGCCAUCCCAUCCACCUUUCCUAUCGCCAGAUAUAUCUACUGAGCUCCCCAUGCAAUCGGAGUUUCCACACCCUAGUUCACCCUCAAUACGAUAUAUCGAGCUCCAUGGUCCUGUUUAUGACAGUGAAGCCCCAGGCUCUCAAUCUCCUUCAAUACGGACUUUUGAGCUCCCUGAAUUGGAGGAAGACGAAGAUUUGGAAACCGGCUUCCAUUCCGCAUUGGGAUUGUCUCUGACUUCGUUUCCGACCAUGAGCGAGAUUUCGCUGGCGCCAGAAGACAGUUCUUCGAGAUUCUCUUCAUUAUCACAGUAUAUUCUACAAAAUUCUCCAUCACUCAUAACGUGUUCACCUCCAAUCUCUGCUAAUUUCAACGACGCGGGGUAUGAUAGUGCCACUCCAUCCAGUAUGCUUUUACUUGAUGUGAACAUCGAAUCCUCACAGAACAUCAAGUUUAACCCUGGCAGGCUACCUUCUCCCAACACGCUGGUAGAAUCCCUUGAUUCCCGUUCAUCCCACCUUCCUCUUGAUUCCUCUCCUUCCGAUAUCCCUUCAUAUGCCGAUUGCCCCGAGUACGCUGUCCUUCGUGCUCAGCCAGACCUAUAUCAAUGUCUGCUCCGACUCCUUGCCCUGCACAGGAAAGCACAGAUAUCUGAGAAGGAGGCGAAAAUUAGGGAAAGAGAGCUUGUACCUCUAGUGGAGUUGACCGAUAUGUGCGUAGUUGAGGCAGAGAAGACGGAAGCAAAAUCUACGAGGCAACGCGAAAAGGAGAGACGUCGGGAGGUCGCUGCAAUCGUAGCGUUAACUCUAUUCGGUGGCACUCAUGAUGAUACGAAAUCAAGCCCAAGUGACGGUAGAGUAGAAGUUGGUUCAACAUUGAAGUCGAGACAAACCUCUAACUAUAAUAACUGGGAAUUUGUACAAGGAGCCAAAGGAGAGGACCAAGAAGAAGAAGAAGAUAACGUUCAUGAGUAUGGCACGGCUCAUCGCGAGGAUGAUUUUACGCAGGAGAGAUCACUUCCCCCCGCUAAUGUCGUUUGCUCGUCCCAUCUCUCACCAGCUAUUUCUAUGACGGUAGAUUCGGAGGAGAAAGUCAUCGAAGAGGAUAUACUUCCUGAAUCGGAUGUGAAAAGUGAUGAAGAGAACAAAGGAGACAAUGAUAAGAAUGAUGUUGAUCUAGGUACUGGGCUCAAAUUAAAAGGGUUUGGAGAUGGGCUCGAGUGGCCAAUGACAGUGGACACGUUUUAA